GCAUGCGUCACAAAGAUGGCUUGACAUGCAAUUUCCACCUGGAAGCGCUGCUUGGAAGUUUGACUGCGCAACUUGCUUUGUGAAUCGGAACACUCGGCGCAUUCAAACUACGUAUGACGCCACACGGGGUGUGGCAGUUAAACCGGCGGCGGGUACGCGGCUUAUCCUUGCCAAAUUCCACCGGCUACGUCACUCUUAUGGUCAUCAGCUGCCUGCGUCACAACCAUAAAUACUAACCUGGCUCCCGCUGUUUGGCACAACUCAUCACACCAUCAAUCCACUCUACAAACACUUCUCCAGUACCAGAGAACUUCUCUCCCACACAAAAACAACCCACCCAACAUGCCUUUCACCGCCAGCGACAUCUGCAAGAUCCUCCUUGCCAUCAUCCUGCCUCCUCUAGGUGUUUUCCUCGAGCGCGGAUGCAACGCUGAUUUCCUCAUCAACAUCCUGUUGACCGUCCUCGGUUACAUUCCGGGUAUCAUCCACGCCCUGUACAUUAUAUUCAAGUUUUAGCGGGGGCGCGCAAACACCUUUCACGAUGCCGCAAUAGCGGCUUGACGAACAAAGUCACAUCACGAUACCCAUCUUCAUCUUUUUCAGCCAACGUCAACACUUCACCGACAUUCGACUCUCGCCGACAUCUAUCGAUAUCUGCGAUGCUAGGUACCACUUAGCAUGGGGUUGUCCGGGUAUGCCGGAACUCCCGGUUGAUUCAAGGCGGUUUGGCUUGGCUCGUCUGUAAUGUCAUGAAUAGUUUUAGGUUAUGGCGUCUUGGUCCCCUAGGACUCUCUUGAGUUUUCUUGCGAGUAUCCUGGUGCGUUCCUAUGAGCGUGCUGUAAUGAGAAUAAUCCAACAUUCCA